UCUUCUUUGCCAUUGCCGGGAGACAAAAAGAGAAAAAACUCAAAAACCAAAAGAAAACCAAAGAGAAGCAGAAAAAAGGAAACAAAGAAAGAGAGAGAGAGAGCGCGCAAUGGCUCUCCUCGUUAGCUACAGUACUGUCGCGUGUUUCUCUUCUUUGUCAACUUCAUCUUCUAUGUCAUCAUCAUCGUCACCAUAUUCAAUCUUGCCUAUCACUACAAAUCCAGUUUCUAGGCUUCUCAUGAACCCCAUUGAUCAGCAUGCUAAAUCAUUCGAUGGAGCCUGCACUUAUGCACCCAUUAUGACCAAGAAAAGAGCUGGAACCAUUGCUAAGGUAUCUUCUGAAAUUCAUGAUGGUGGUGAGUCCCAGUCAGAAAGUGAUGGUGAUGUGGAUUUUCCACUUGAAAAACUUCCACUGGAUUCAAAACUGCAACGGAAGCUGGAGCACAAGAUGAAACUGAAAUUGUGGAAGAAGAUAAGGCUUCGAAAUAAAAAGCUCAUGAGGAAAAGGAGGAUGAGGAAGAGAGGCUGCUGGCCUUCUUCAAAGAUGAAGAAGUUGACUAACAUCUGACCCUUGCUUCAAAGUUAACUUGCAGACUACUAAGUUGGAGAUUUCCUCAGCAGCUAACUCUUCCGACAUUUUCUUCCUGUUUGCUCAAUCACUUUAGUGCCUGUGAAUAUGUUGAAUGAAGACCAUUUGAACAUGUUACUCCUAUUAAGGAAGCCCAUGGACUUAGUUACUGAUUGAUUUUGUUAGCCCUCCCUGACCGAGCCAUUCCCUUCUAAUUGCUUUCAUUUGUCUAGGCAAUUUGUUUAAGGCCUAGUGGAGUUGUUAUUUUGGGUUCUUUCUACUGGUACAUAUAGAUAUAGUAUCAUUCUUCUGUAAUGACACACCUCUGUCAAAGUACUGUGUUUGUUGCUUCCUUCUUUCUAGUCGUGCUGGCUUUCUUUAGUUUAAA